AUGCCCGUGGUGGUGGUGGUGGUGGUGGUGGUGUUGGCCAUGUCCGCGGUUCUGACGGCCGGGCUGGAGGAUGCGGCAGGCGGGGAGAGGGGAGCGGCCGGGCUGGAGGACGCGCCGGGCGGGGAGAGGGGAGCGGCCGGGCUGGAGGACUUGACGGGCGGGGAGAGGGGGGCGGCCGGGCUGGAGGACGCGCCGGGCGGGGAGAGGGGGGCGGCCGGGCUGGAGGACGCGGCGGGCGGGGAGAGGGGGGCGGCCCGGCUGGAGGACGCGGCGGGCGGGGAGAGGGCAGCGGGACGGCCCGGCUGUCCUGCCCGGUGUCGGUGCGAGGAGGACGGCGUGCUGCACCGGGUGGACUGCGCGGACCUGGGUCUCAGCGAGGUCCCGGCCAGGCUCAGCGUCUUCACCGCCUAUCUGAUGCUUCAGAACAACCAGUUGAGGUCUGUUCCUGAUGAGGCGUUUCAGAACCUUCCAAACCUACAGUCUCUCCGUUUAGACGCAAACCAUAUUUCCAGUGUUCCCAUUGGCUGUUUCUCGGGACUCCACGCCCUUCGUCACCUGUGGUUGGAUGAUAAUUCGCUGACUGAGGUGCCAGUCAGUGCUCUGAGUGAUCUCCCCGCCCUCCAAGCGAUGACAUUGGCUCUCAACCACAUCAGUCAAAUUCCAGACCACGCCUUCGCCAACCUCAGCAGCCUUGUGGUCCUGCAUCUGAACAACAAUAGGAUUGUUUCCAUGGGAUCAAGCUGCUUCUAUGGACUCCACAGUCUGGAGACACUGGAUUUAAACUAUAACAGUCUGGUUGAGUUUCCUGUAGCGAUCCGUGCUCUCAGUCACCUCAAGGAGCUUGGUUUCCAUAGUAACAGCAUCCGCUCCAUCCCAGAACACGCCUUCACUGGGAACCCUUCUCUGCUCACCAUAUUCUUCUAUGACAAUCCCAUCCAGUCUGUAGGACGAUCCGCUUUCCAGAACCUACCAGAACUACGCACUCUGUCUCUUAAUGGAGCUGCUGACAUCACAGAGUUUCCAGAUCUGACAGGAACCUCAAGUCUGGAGAGCCUGACCAUCACUGGAGCCAGGAUUACGUCUCUUCCAGGUUCAGUGUGUGAACAACUUCCAAACCUUCAACUGCUUGAUCUGUCCUAUAAUCGGAUCUGGACUCUGCCCAGUCUCUCCAGGUGUCUUGGUCUCCAGAAGAUUGAUCUACGCCAUAAUGAAAUUGAGGAUCUGGCAGAGAACACCUUCCAUGGCUUGCUGUCUCUUUGCUCUUUGGAUUUGUCAUGGAACAAACUGUCCUCCCUGGCUCCACACACUUUCUCUGGUCUUCCUGCUCUGCUCAAACUCGACCUGUCAUCCAAUCAGCUGUCAACUUUGCCUCUGAUUGGUCUAAACAGUUUGUCGCACCUGAGACUGGCAGGGAACACACACCUGAUGGAGACCAUCCCGAGAGAGAGACUGCCGAGAGUCAGGGUAAUGGAGCUUCCCUAUGCCUUCCAGUGUUGUGCUUUCAUCUCCUGUGAGAGAGGAGGAGCUCCUGGCUCCUCUUGGGAGAGACAGGAGGCGCCCAGAGGACAUGACUCCACCAGGAGCCACGCCCUCCUCUCCUUCCAUGAUCAGGAGUGGGAGGAGUUUCUGAUGGAGUCUGAAGAUGAACCCAAAAGCCAUUACACUGUCCAAUGUAGCCCUGCACCAGGGCCGCUCCGCCCCUGUCUCCACCUUUUCGGCAGUUGGCUGAUCCGUGGGGGUGUGUGGCUUAUUGCCGUGCUGUCACUGGCCAGCAACGGCCUGGUCAUGUUGUCCAUCUUCUUGUCCCCAACUUCCUGGUUGACGCCUACCAAGCUGCUGAUUGGCCUGCUGGCCCUGGUGAAUGGCCUGAUGGGAGUUUGGAGCAGCUGGCUGGCAGCAGUGGACGGUUGGACCUUCGGAGGGUUCUGGAGGUAUGGCGUGGGCUGGGAGAACAGCUUCCUGUGCCACCUCAGUGGCUUCCUGUGUGUGUUCUCCUCACAGACCAGCCUCUUCCUGUUAACCCUGGCGGUGCUAGAGCGAAGCCUGGCUGCUCCACGACAUCACAGAAAAAAACACAGAGACACAGUCCAUUCCUCGCAGACAGUCACGAUGCGUCUGUCUGUCUUUCUGUGUUUCCUGUUGGGUUUAGCUGUAACGCUGCCCCACCUGCUGGCGGAACAUGGUGCUACAGCUCUCUGUCUGCCCCUCCCCUCCUCCUCCCUGGCGUUCUGCAUCUCCUUGGUUCUCCUCGACUCUCUCUGUUUCCUCCUCAUGACCGCGGCAUACGCACGCUUGUACUGCCACGCCGAGAAAGGCUCCACUCCCCACAGGGAGGAAGAGGAGGAGGAGGAGGCGGUGCUGACGCGUCAUGUGGCCUGGCUGCUCUUCUCCGACUGUGUCCUGUACCUCCUCGUGGCGUUCCUCCUUUUCUCCUCCCCGCUGCGCCUCCCGGCAGGUGGCCCAGAUAUUCUGAAGGGAGUGCUGCUGCUCCUGGUUCCACUGCCGGCCUGCGUCAACCCGCUGCUCUACCUCCUCUUCACCCCGCUCGCCCGCGAUGCACUCAUCAAACGUCCCUGCAAGCUGCCGGUAGGGGCGGGGCGGGCGGGGCCGGUGCCAGCCGCAUUGGAUUCGUUGUGCGAUGAAGACGCAGAGAAGCAGUCAUGUGACUCCACGCAGGCGCUGGUCACUGUUGGACACGAUGAAGAGGAGGAGUGGAGGAGGAGAGGAGAAGGAAUCGAGGAUGAGUGGAGGAGGAGAGAAGGAGGCGUGGAGGAGGAGUGGAGGAGGGGGGAGAAACGACGGCCAGACUAG